GUGGUUUCUACGGACCUAACACAGCCACAAGAUACUGCAUGACAGUGACAGAUGUCGGAGGAAGUUUCCUCAAUUUCACCGAAAACCGAGCAACUGAACCUGAACAUUAUGAGUGAUUUAUGCACAAUAGUACAAGUACUGUACUGUGGAGAAGGAAUGUUUAUAUACAUUCACUCUCUUCUUUCUUACAGAAUGAUGAAAAAUUAUACUGUAGAAUAUCUUUCGGGAGUGUUCUGCUUUGUUCAGACCAGGGAUGGUAAAGUUGUUUCAGUCCACGCACCGAGGAUGCCAAAGUCACCAACUUCAAGAAAGGGAUUGCUUCAGCUUUUCAAACGAAUUUCAAAGGAACUGUUGAAGAGAUUGAGACUGAUCCUCAAUCACGACAUAGCUCCCAUUACAGGCAGGAGCUUAUUGCUCUCAUAAUGGUGUUGAAUAACAAUAUGCACUCUAUUGUACAGUUAUUCAGCUGGUCAAGGAGGGAAAAGCAAGAUUCACCGUACAGUCACGAGCGAAGAUGUCUUGGAAUAUUCAAGUGGUGUUCACACGAAAGAUGUUCAGUUGCGGGAAGAAGACGACAUUGAAUACAGGGAUGGUAGAUUGUUCAGGUCCAGUGGAACCAUGUACCUGUCAGUAGACAAAGAAACACACAGCAGUGGCCAAGGAUCGGGAGGAAUGGAUGAAUUUGCUGAUGUUGUUACAGUUCGUGGAUCGUUUGAUAUGGAACUAAAUGAGUGUAAAACUGUUCGGCCGACUAGAAGGAGGAGAGCAGUCCAGCAACAUCUUGAUGGAGGAUUUUCAUUGGAAGAGGGUCUUAUGGCCACAUAUGAUGAGAGAAAAGUUGAGAUUGACACACUGGAGAAUCUUCGCCAGCAUUUUAAAACUUCCAAACAAGUCAUUACGGCUCUACGAAACGCUAACAGCAGCAAAACCUUCAGCAUGUUGGAGAAAGUAAUGGUCCUUGAGCGGAAAUAUAGACCUGAAGGGGUGUCUGUGACGCACACUGUGUUAAACUAUCUGAGGAAGAUAAAGACAUUGGAACCAGAGGAGUAUGUGGCACAGCGAGUGAAUAUCUAUUCUCUACUCAGUUCAGAAGGAAGCAGAAGGGCAGAAACUGCAUUGAUUGAGCAACUUCGUGAGACAGAUCUGUCUGAUGCAGAAAGGAGGGUAGUCAUGCUAGCUAUUGCUUUACUACCAACACCCAGUUCUCAAGUGAUCCAAACAAUAGAAGACAUGAUUACUGAAACAACGUCAUCGUUGCUACUGGUGUAUGGGUCACUGGUGGCUAAUGCUGCUCCUGACCAGGAAAUGAAGAUGGUGACAUUUCUCACCGAUCGACUUACCGAAAACAACACUGAUACCCUCAUUCAUGUUUUGCACGCGCUUGGAAACACGAAAUCAUCGCUGGCAAUUGAGCACAUAAUACCCUAUGUCCAUUACGACGACAAAGAUGUUAGACUGACUGCUGUGAGCGCACUGAGGUUUUUUACCGGACUGCCAAUUGUUCAGCAACAGUUUGUCAGCAUUCUUCACGAGGAGAGUUCAGGUUCUUUGGUGGAAGCAAUCAUCCAAGCUCUACGUAAUGGAUAUGACUACGACAAAGACAUGGAGUUGGACUCGGACCUUGUUCGGUGUUUAGUUCAGGUUACUAAUAAUCUCAGGAACAACGAUCUUCAAAACGAACUAAAUCGUCUUUUUAAAAAGAUGGGUGUACCAACUUCAAGUUCAGCAGAUUUAAUGGAUGAUAGAAACAUGAAUCGCCAAAGGCGAGACACAGAAAUAUGGGAUUCGACUGCUUCGGAGUACAACAUAAUUGCUUCAGCAUCUCAGAGAGCUAAUGAUGUCGCUAAUUAUCCAUAUCACCGAGGCUAUCUGUGGAGCACGACCGCAGGACAGAAUAGUGGAGAAUACCCAAUCUACCUUCAGGCAGCAGCUGGGCUUUUUGCCGGUGCUAACAUUGACCAGUGUGACUUAAAGAUGUUUGGAAAGGCUGUCGUCGAUGCUCAUGUACUAGGCCAUGAAGGCAAUAUCCUGACGAUUGAGGGAAGGAAUGAUAGAAUAUACGUCUUGUUUGCUGGAGAUAUUGUGUUUGACAUCAACCCACCUGACUCCUACAGCGACCAACUCUCAGGCUACCAGAGACUACUGUAUUCAACCUCCUAUACAUUCUAUGUGUAUAGUGUACCCAUUACUCUUGGGUUGGAUGUGCACGUUAGCGUUGGAACCUAUAUAGACAUUUCUGUUCAACAA